GUGAUUGUUGCGGGUGCAGUUCCCCCAUAUAUUUGCGUACCCCGCUUUUUUCUUGACGACCACUCUCUGUUCCCCGCACUCAGUACGUGACGAAUCCUGAGCAGCUAUGGCAUCUAAGGAGUUGAAGAAGUUCACGCGUGAGGAGGUCGAGAAGCACAACACGGAGGACAGCCUGUGGAUCAUCAUUGACGGACGUGUGUUCGACGUGACCCGCUUCCAGAAGCUCCACCCGGGAGGGCCGACUGUGUUCUUCGACGAGGGCAUCCCCGGCGGGGAUGCGACCGAGGCCUUCUUCGGUCUGCACCGCUAUGACGUCCUCGAGAAGCCCCAGUACCAGCGGCUGCAAAUUGGCGUGAUUGAGGGCGAGGAGCCGGUGGUACAGAGCAGUCGCAUACCCGGCAAGGUCAGCAAGGUGCCGUACGGCGAGCCGUCGUGGCUCUCGGAUGGCUACCACAAUCCCUACUACAAGGAGAGCCACAGGAAGCUGCAGAAAGCAGUCCGCCAGUUUGUGGAUGAAUAUAUAUAUCCCGACGCUCAGGAGCGCGAGCUGGAUGGCAAACGCCCCUCGCAGAGCGUGCUCGAUAAGAUGGCUGAGCAUGAGUUGCAUGCUAUGCGUUUGGGUCCUGGCAAGCACUUGCAGGGUCGUACGCUCUUCGGCGGUAUUGUCAAGCCCGAAGAGUUCGACUACUUCCAUGAGCUCGUCAUCACUCAAGAGCUCGCUCGUUGCGGCGCUCGCGGAUACGGCGACGGUCUCUUGGGAGGAUGCGUGAUUGGCCUGCCACCCGUGCUGAACUUCGGUUCGCCUGAGCUGAAGGCUCGUAUCGUGCCCGAGGUGCUGAGCGGGAAGAAGUUUAUCUGCUUGGCGGUUUCCGAGGCGUUCGCGGGCUCCGACGUGUUUGGUCUUCAGACAACUGCGACGAAGACCGAGGACGGCAAGCACUGGAUCGUCACGGGUACCAAGAAGUGGAUCACAAACGGAGUGUUCGCCGACUACUUCACGGUCGGUUGCAGGACCGACGACGGCUUCACCGUGAUCCUCGUCGAGCGCCAGGAGGGCGUCACGACGAAGCCCAUCAAGACCUCGUACUCGCCCACCGCCGGCACCGCGUACAUCGUCUUCGACAAGGUCAAGGUGCCCGUCGAGAACACGCUCGGCCAGGAGGGCGGCGGCAUCUUCGUUAUGCUCUCCAACUUCAACCACGAGCGGUGGGUCAUGUGUUGCGCGUCCGCGCGCAGCCAGCGGGCAAUCGUCGAGGAGUGCAUGAAGUGGGUGAACCAGCGCAAGGCGUUCGGCAAGCCGCUGCACUCGCUCGCGGUCAUCAGGAAUAAGCUCGCGGGCAUGAUCCAGAGGUCGGAGUCGGUGCAGAACUGGUUGGAGAACAUCACGUACCAGAUGUGCAACAUGUCGUACAAGGAGCAGGCGCAGAAGCUCGCUGGGCCGAUCGCAUUCCUCAAGUCGUACAGUACGCACUCGGCACAGAUCACCGCUCAGGACGCUGUCCAGAUCUUCGGCGGUCGUGGUAUCACCCAGAGCGGCAUGGGUCGCUUCAUCGAGCACUACCAACGCACUGUUGCCUUCGACGCGCUGCUUGGUGGGGCGGAGGAUGUUCUUUCCGACCUCGGCGUCCGUCAGGCGAUGCGGUCGAUGCCCAAGGACACUAAGCUGUGAUCGAUACGUGGGCAUUGCACACCGUGCUUGAUACCUGGAAUCGAGACGGUGGUUUCCUGCAUAUACCGGUAACGCGCAUUGUAUUACUAGUAGCACGUUCCUGCAUCACGCCGUAGAUGUGCAUGUACCUAUCUUUCUUUAUCCCUAAUGUUGUUGUUGAAUUGCCG